CUAAAAGUGUAACUGAACAAGGGGGCAAAGUGAAAGAUGAAAAUACCCAAUUCCCGUAAGCUUACAAACCCUAAAUCGGAAGCUGUCUGUCUCUCAGAGAUGGCAUGCGAAGAAGGUUCCGAAGCUGAAUGGGAAGGUUACGCUCGAUCGUUUGACUAUGAUGAAGCUCAUCGUCUUCAAAGAAGGCAGCAAGUUGACCGAUUAACUGGAUUGGGUGAUGAUUUUCUCUACCUAAUCUUUUCCCGAUUGGAUUUUCUGGAAUUGACAAGCAUUCGAGGCACAUGGUCGGUUUCGAUCUUUUGUUUCCGGCAAAGAGUUCAUACGGGUAUAUCACAGGGGAGCGGGAGCUAGCUCUCUGUGGAACUUUACCUAUAUUCCUGGCCCGAGAUCUAAUGACGAUUAUAGUUACCGCCGCGAGAAGUUACCCGGUCAACAGUCGAUUCUUGCAACACGGGAAGCCGAUGGGAUGCAAGUUAUCAUCCCGCUUACCAAAUUUGGGGCACAAUUAAGUCCGUGGUCCAUUUUCUUUGUUGGGGUUUGGCGUUCAAUCUUAGUAUUCCGUCUUAUCAGCUACGGUUUCCUCCUGUGCAACCUGUGGACCAUGAAAUCGACAACAAUUUGGUCUCCGUUUCCUGAACAGAGGUAUCUUGACUUGGCUCAGUUGGGUUGUAGACUCAUCGAGCACCCCAAGGACGAGCUCCACACUUUAUUUGCCUAUGUUCAUCUACAUCGCGCGGAAGGUGAACAAGGAGUGACCACUCUGCAGCAUUUCACUCAUCGCGCUUUUCAAGAUUUUCAGAUAUCCUCCGCUACUUUGUCCACUCAAACCUCGCUUCUCAUGCCCCAAGAGAUUGCUCAUCCUUUGGCAUGAUUAUGCCGAUUAGGUUAGAGCCGAUGCAUGCCUUUCUCACUAUGCGAGAAAAGGAGCCCGUUCACCUUCUCGUACCAAAUGAAUCCUUCGUCAAUGUGCCUCUCCCACUGAAAUGUUUUUUGUCAUGAAAGAUCUCUGUUCCAACAAUCAGGGGUAUUUAGCAAUUGUGGAGUUUAGGCUGUAGGGAGGGGCCUGGAACCCUAAACAGCUAUUAAGGGUCACGUUAUUUCGGGUAACACCUACUGGUUAUGAGUUCUUAUCUACUUUCCCACCACAGUUGUUGCAACAAGGAUUCUUUCAUUACAAUGAUUUUAUUUUGGGAGAAUGUGACAUACUUGUAACACUAAGUGUUCACAUGAGAUUGUCGAAUGAUCCGCUUCUCAAUUGGACUCUUGUCAUCAUGCAUUACGACGUUCACACCUUGAAAUGGACAUCGGAAACAUUUGCCUUAGGCGUGACGCACCUCGGUCAUACCUUUAGCUCUCGGCUAAAGGUGAUGCCGUUUUGAAGGUAAAUCAAUUCUACUCCUUUAUUGUAAUAUUCAGAAAUUUUUAUAGUAUAUAUGAAUACAAAUUUCUUUAUUUAUUUGUUUAAAAAAAAUUGGGAAAUGAAUUAAUUAGAUGAAAUGAA